AUGGACAUUAUGCUGAUUCAAAGCCUGCUCGAGGAUACUAAAAGAUCCAUCGAUCUUCUACAAUCUAGUGGCAAAGAGACCCAUCGGAUUAAUGCCCAAGAGAAAGCAAUCAAGCUGUCCCGGGCGCUUGAGCACCCGAGAACUGCCAUCUUGAAGCUAUGCUAUACACCCACCAUAGUGAUGGCCAUCAAGGUAGCCCAUGACAUGGAUAUAUUUUCUGUGUUGGCCACUGCAACUGUGCCUGUAUCGUUGGAUGAGCUCGCAGCUGCUAAGCCAGCCGAUCCCCAGCUUGUUGAGCGUAUGAUGCGGCUCCUAGUUGCCAAUGGCUUCGCCAAUGAGCCUUCCCCACUGGAAUACUUACCGACAAUAUUAGCCAAAGAGAUGACCCAACGUACCUCAAUCGCGGUGAUGGAAUCACUUUUCCUAGAAUUCCUCCCUUUGAUACAGAAAAUCCCCGCGUAUCUCGAAGCAAUCAACUACCGCAAUCCAGACGACCCGAUGUACGCUCCACUGCAAUACACUCACGGCGUCCAGAUCGAUGGCUUCACGUGGCUCUGCCAGAACCCGGCCGCACUCACGAGAUUCAAUAGCUUCAUGGAAGGCCAUCGCGCGGACAGACCUCACUGGGGCGACUGGUUCCCAGUACAGGAGCAGAUCCUAAACCACCCCGGACUGAGUGCCGACAAGGCUCUGAUGGUAGACAUUGGCGCCGGCCGAGGGCAUGAUCUGAUUGGGUUCAGGCAACGGUUCCCCGAUGCUCCGGGGAAGCUCGUGCUAGAGGAUCUCCCCUCUGUCAUAGAUGAAGUGCGCGGGGCGCGGGAUCUCGAUGCUGCAGGUAUCCAGACUGUGGGGUAUGAUUUCUUUGCGGGAAUACAGCCUGUGCAUGGUGCUCGGGUUUAUUAUUUCAAGACUGUGUUGCAUGAUUGGUCUGAUGAGAAGGCGAGAGUUAUUCUCAGAAAUCUUAUACCUGCGAUGAAGCGUGGAUAUUCGAAGAUCAUCUGCGAGGAACAUGUGCUGCCGGACUCUAAUGCUCCGGGUCUGCCUUGCAUGACGGACAUAGCGGUUAUGGCCUUUUGUUCUGGGUUGGAGCGCACUCGGAAGCGAUGGAUUGACCUCUUUACGUCGGUUGGUCUGCAAGUUUCGAAAUUUUGGGUGCGAGAAGGUGAUGGGUUUGAUAUUGUUGAGGCUGAGCUGCCAGAGGUAGAGCAGUAG